CCAAAUUCAUCGAGAAAAAAUUGUUUUAACCUUCCGUCGGUUUGCACUUUUAUUAUCUCCCUCGCAAAACGCUAAACGCGCGAGCACGCCGCUAAUUGUGGUGCGGUGGCCACGACGUAUAGGGAUUGAAUUUACGGAACGUAAACCGUGGCGGCGGACCGGUGACUGUCACGUUGAAGCUGCUGACGUUGAAAGUUUCGAUCGUGGGGGGGAACAAUGCGUCUUGGUUAGAAAUCCGUCGAUCCCGCACAGCUGUAUCGAUUUAAAAGUGCGCUUUAAUUUAAUAUAGGAACGCCACGAUUGUCGGACGAUUAUUGACGGCGCGAUAAUGCACACGUUCCUAACACGAGGAAAUGCUAUCGUGGCAUAUACGUUAAGCGUGUCGGCAUGCCUCACAUUUUGCUGUUUCCUCUCGACAGUAUUUAUCGAUUACAGAGCGAACGCGACGUUAAACACGGUUAAAGUUGUCGUGAAAAAUGUACCAGAUUACAGUGCAUCGAGAGAGAAAAACGACCUGGGUUACUUGACUUUUGAUCUACAGACUGAUCUCACUCCAUUAUUUAACUGGAAUGUUAAGCAAUUGUUCUUAUACCUCACGGCAGAAUAUCAGACAGAAAAUAAUGAAUUCAAUCAGGUAGUACUAUGGGAUAAGAUAGUUCUUCGUGGAGAUAAUGCUGUACUCGACUUCAAGAAUAUGAACACGAAAUAUUACUUUUGGGAUGACGGCAAAGGCCUCAGGGGGAAUAAGAAUGUAACGUUAACAUUGUCCUGGAACAUUAUUCCAAACGCUGGAUUGUUACCUAGUGUUAAUGCUCUUGGGUCUCACACUUUUGCAUUCCCGUCUGAAUACACAACGUUGCGCGUAUAACGCAUAUUUAAAUGUAUAUGUGUUAUGAUUGUGUAUAAAUAUGAUUUUGUAAGACUCUUAUUUAAAUUGCAUAAAAUUCGUGUACAAUAAACAACGUUUAUUUCUUCA